AUGAGCUCCCAAAAACCUCUACGUCUACUGCUACUAAGUUACCCAGGCGCUGGAAAGGGCACAUUGAGUAGCAGGCUGCUCAAGCGCAUGCCUCAUAUCAAUUAUGUUUCUUCUGGUGACCUUCUACGUCGCGAAAUCGCUAUAAAAAGCCCUCUAGGGAUUCAGGCAUCAUCAUUCAUCUCCAAGGGUCUGUUAUUGCCCGAUAAUAUGAUAACUAGUGUAAUUAUGGACCAUCUAAAAGUCAAUUCUCUCCUAAGUGGCGAAACUUCUUGGCUGUUGGACGGAUUUCCACGAACCAUCGGGCAAGCUCUGUCGCUCGACAAUGAACUAGUAAAAUAUAAUUCAAGCCUUAACCUUGUUGUCGAAAUUGAUGUCCCUCAAGCUGUGAUUCUGAAGCGUAUUUCUUCCAGAUAUAUCCACCUUGCGAGUGGCAGAGUAUAUAAUUUAGACUAUAAUCCGCCAAAAACGCCUGGAAUCGACGAUAUUACCGGUGAACCCCUCACCAAGCGCUCUGAUGAUACCAUAGAGGUCGUUCAGAACAGAUUAAAUGAAUAUAGCAAGACUAUAACUCCUUUAAGGGAGUUCUAUGAGCAAAAAGGUAUUCUACGUGUAGUUAGUGGGGAAACCUCCGAUAUAACCUAUCCAUUGUUGGAAAAACUUGUGGAGAAAGAGCUUGCAACCUAG